GUCCCCUCACAUCAUGUGCUGUGUGUUCCCGCCUGUGGGGAUGAUACAGCUCAAGAGAAUUGUGUGUGAUUGCUGAUAAAACCCCGCAUGUGCACUUGUGGCACAGGUGGGGCUGAGCGUGGCCUUGGCUGAUAAUGGCGUCCCGUGCCCGAGGCAGCAGAAAGCCUGCAGGCCGGGCGCGCAGCUAUUUCAUUCAGAAUAAUCAAAUAGCCACGGUAGAUAAAUGACUCAUCAGUUGUAUCUUAAUUCAGAGAAACGGGAGGAGUUAAUCAAUGAAAUGCCUAUUAGGAGAUGAGACGUCAUGUCCUCCUGCUCUUACGCACGAGGCACAAAGAUGGCACCUGUUUUCCUAAAACAAAACAUCUUUCCGGUGUUUCUUUUACGCCUUAUUCUAUUAUGGCACCAAUCUACAUUAUUGCACUUACUUCUCUGGACAGCGGUUGAGGUCAGCAAAUCAAAACUGAAAACACUAAUAACAUCCGCGGUUUUAAAGGGUAUUAGGAGGAAAACACUCCUCUAAUCAUAAUGUAAUUACUCCCUCUGGAUAGCCCUAUUAGCGCGUCAAAGCUGCGAGGGGGCGGAGUCGGGAGCGCGCACCGAGAGCUCACAGGACGCACAACCCCUCCAGAGCUUUGUUGAUAUUGGCAGCUCCGCUCUUUCACUGGAGGUUAUGGCUAAAGACUUUGCAAAGACAAGAAGAGGGAACAGCGCGAGGAACUGGAUGGGAACUGUGCGCUAGUGUGCGCGUACGCGGAGUGUUUUUCUUUUACAGCGUCCUUGAUGAUGAGCUUUAAAUCAGGAAGGCGCUGAACCUGCCACAAUGUCUCAUGCACAGGUUGAGAUACCAGGACGCGGCUUCCCAGGGCUCUCUGUGGAUAUGACCGACGACUGCCUAUCCCGGGUGCCAUCCGUGCUGAGGACGCACGGCUUGGGCGCGCGGAGAAACUCUUACGGGCUGCAGAAAAUUAGCAUGGACAUUGAUUCGCCUCUAUACAGUGGCGUCCUUUCCAAAGCCCUGUCCUGGUCCGCUGAGAACAUCCCGACACUGGCCGAGUCCAGAGCAGAGGACGAGAAGACAGACGAGACUCCGCCGUCCCCGUCUCCCGUUUCCAGCCCGGGGACCAGCUCCAACACGCCCCCGUGCAGCCAGAAGCCCGACGCCGGGUCUCUCGGCGGUGGUGGGAACUGGGAACCCGCGCCGAGAACCAGCGUCCAGGAGGCCAGCUCGGACUCUGAAAACGAGCUCCAGAACAGGCAGCACAAGAUCUUGUCUCGCAUCACGUUUGACACUCAGUGGGAGCAGGAGGAGAAAGAGGAUGCGGAGACCAAAGCGGUGGCAACCUCUCCCGAUGGGAGAUAUCUCAAAUUCAACAUUGAGAUCGGAAGGGGAUCUUUCAAGACAGUCUAUAAAGGGCUGGACACGGAGACCACAGUGGAGGUGGCAUGGUGUGAGCUACAGACCCGAAAGCUGACCAAGGCAGAGAGACAGCGUUUCAGCGAGGAGGUGGAGAUGCUGAAGGGACUGCAGCACCCCAACAUCGUGCGCUUCCACGACUCCUGGAAGUCGACGGUGAAGGGCCACAAGUGCAUCAUCCUCGUGACUGAGCUCAUGACCUCAGGCACGCUCAAAACGUACCUGAAGCGGUUCAAGGAGAUGAAGCUGAAGCUGCUGCAGCGCUGGAGUCGUCAGAUCCUCAAAGGGCUUCACUUCCUGCACACGCGCACCCCUCCCAUCAUCCACCGGGACCUCAAGUGUGACAACAUCUUCAUCACCGGCCCCACCGGCUCCGUCAAGAUAGGAGAUCUGGGGCUAGCCACUCUCAAAAGUGCCUCUUUCGCUAAAAGUGUCAUUGGAACCCCAGAGUUCAUGGCCCCGGAGAUGUACGAGGAGAAGUACGACGAAGCGGUGGACGUCUACGCCUUAGGAAUGUGCAUCUUGGAGAUGGCCACCUCUGAGUACCCGUACUCUGAGUGCCAAAACGCCGCCCAGAUCUACCGCAAAGUCACCAGUGGCAUUAAACCUGACAGUUUCUACAAAGUGAAAGUCCCAGAACUAAAGGAGAUCAUUGAGGGCUGCAUACGUAUGGACAAAGAUGAAAGGUACACCAUUCAGGACCUCCUGGACCACCCCUUCUUCCAGGAGAACAAUGGCGUGCACGUGGAGCUGGCGGAGGAGGACGACAUGGUGAAGCCGGGCCUCAAGCUGUGGCUGCGCAUGGACGACACCAAGAAGCUCCACGGGAAGUACAAGGACAACAACGCCAUCGAGUUCCUCUUCGAGCUCUACAAGGACGUGCCCGAGGAGGUGGCUCAGGAGAUGGUCGUGCUCGGCUUCGUGUGCGAGGCGGACUUCAAGCUCGUGGCAAAGGCCAUACGGGACAGGGUGACGGCCAUCAAGCGGCAGCGGGAGAAGCUGAGGCGGCUUGCCGAGGAGCGGAAGAAGAAGCAGGUGCAGGAGGCCAUAGACGAGGAACCGGAGCUGCAGCUGCCCUCGCCGAAGGUCGGUGACGUCGUUGCAGCAGAGUCCCCCACGCCGGCCCUGACGCCCCCCGCCCCCAUCCUGUCCCCCGUCACCAGCUCUGUGGACUCCGGCGUCAGCUCCAGCUACCCCGCGGAGCCGGAGGAGCCCGAGGCGGACCAGCACUUCCACGUCCGCCACAACAGCUUGUCUUCGGCUAAUUCUGACUGCGAGACGGACGGCUAUCUGAGCUCCUCCGGGCUGCAGGAUCCGCUGGAGGCCGGCAGCUUCAGCGCUCCCGUGACCCCUCCCACCACGCACACCGGCACCCCCGCCGUGAACGGUCACCCCGUCCCGGCCCUCCGCUUCCCUUCGAGCAUCGCCGUAUCCAACAACACUGAACAUGGCAACUCGGGCCCCCCAAGUGGCUUCAACUCCCCCGUGGACAGCUACGCGUCCGACGUCACUUCGGGCCUGAGCGACGGCUACGAGGGCCUGUCGGAGAAGAACGAGAAGACGGCCGCCAGGCGGACCGCCACCAAGCUGUUCAGGAGGAGAGCGCGCUCGAGGCUUCGCAUCACAGGGCUCUCUGAUAAAGUUGACCGGGUGGUGGAGUGUCAGCUGCAAACGCACAACGACAAGAUGGUGACCUUCAAGUUCGACCUGGAUGGAGAUAACCCCGAAGACAUCGCUGCCGUCAUGGUGCACAAUGAGUUCAUCCUGCCGUCCGAGAAGGAGGGCUUCAUCCACCGCAUGGGCGACAUCAUCAAACGGGCCGAGGCUCUGAUGGCCAAAGAGCAGCCGGUCCACCGUCUCGCCCAGCCGGCGUUCCACGGCGGGGUCAACUCGCUGUCGUCCUCACAGCCCAAUCUGCACAGUCACACGAUGCCUCGAACACACUCGUCUUCGUCUCUGCCCGAAUACAGUGUGGCUAACCCGAGCGUAGGUGUACGUGGCUCCCCUCCAUGCCCCAAUGGAGAAGUCUUCGGUGCAGACAUUACUUCACCUGGGCGACCUCUAAUACGCUCACAGUCUUUCCACAACGCCCCAGGUUCUCCUCACCAUUAUCAGCAACACCACCACCCUGCGUCGCUACUGCCUCAUCACCAGCACUACCACGUGCCCUACAUGGGCAACACUCACUUCCCGUUCCCAUAUCCGGGGUCCGCAGGUUCCCCGAAGCCGGCCGGGAUCCACCCCCCCCUCACACGUGUAGCCAGUAACCCCACCUUCCCGUCCGUUCCCUCCCCGGCCCCCGGCUCCCCGGUGCCUCAGAGAGAGACCCCUAGCCCCUGCAGCAACGAGAGCGUUAACAUGUCUCCAACUACCCCUCAGCAUCCCAACAUGUGGCCUCCCCAUACGCAGCCCCUGUUUUCCUUGGCUAAUGUAAUUUCCAUGGCCAUGAGCAUGGCUCAGUCUUUCAUCCCUCCUGCAAGCCUCCCCACACAAGGGAUUCCCUCCUUUCCAGGUUUCCACCCCCAGAUGCACGGUCACAUGGCCCCUCAGUCAGGUUACCCCUCCGUCUACCAGCAACACUACCAAACUCAACAAGCGGAGGUCCCUUACCCCGGGCCCGGCAUCCCCACGCACAAUGUCUACCACAGCCAAGAGCAUGUGCCUCAGAUGGACGGAGCCGGUUUUCACCAUCCACAAUAUCAGUAUCCGGUCUCUCCACCCUCGUUGCCUUCCACUCCUCCGCUGGCCCCUCUGGAGCCUUCGCAGCAGGUUGGACACUCCGGUUCCCCCGGCCCGACCCAGGAGCACAACUAUGCGUCCCCGUACUCAGCCCAGGUUCCAGCUCAGGCCAAACCCAGGUCACAAGUCUCCAACUCGACCUCCUCGUCCGAUUUUUCCCCGUCACCCCCGGAGAGCCCAGAAAGCACUUUAUCAUCCUUCAGCAGUCAAUUGCACACCAGCGUUCCUAAGAUGAACACUAGCACUCCAGCUCCAAAAACGCCUCCCUCUCAACCCGCCGUUCAGUCGGCCCCGGUGACCGUCGGGCGAUUCCAGGUGACGCCCAGCAUGGACAUAUCCGCCGAGCCAGCGCGCGCCGCACCCGCCGCCCCGCAGCCGGCAGACGGCGCCUGCACGCCGUCGGAGAGCAGCACGGAGGAGCAGGGGGAGUCCGAGACGAGCCUGGGGACCUCGCUCACCAUGUCCCCCCCUCACCCGCACCCCCGCGGGGGCCCGGCGACGGGGGUCCCCCAGGAGGUCGACAAGCAGGCGGGGUGGGCCGUGAGCCAGCAGCAGCCGCCGCAGCAUCAGCAGGAGAGAAGAGACGAGGACGAGAUGGAGGAGGAGGAGGAGGAGGAGGAGGGAGAGGAGGAGGAGGAGGAGGAGGACGAGGCGGAGGAAGAGGUCGUCGGGGAGCGGCCGAGGGCGAAGAAGAGGAGUCGCAGGAGAGCGUACAGCCUCAGCCUGCUGGGGACGUCCGCCGACAGCGGGCUCUCGGUGACGGCCGCCGAGGUGGAGGGGAGGCUCUGGGACGGGGCGGCCGGGAGUCCGCAGUACAGCAAUGCCCUUCACCAUUUAUGGAUGAUGACCUACAAUCGCAACAACCCCUACCUGAGCAGCGACGACUCCGACAGCGACGACGAGGUCAUGAUGGAGGAACUUCAGGAACUCAGAGAGAAGCAUCUGACAGAGGUUCAGGCCCUGCAGGCCGCGCAGAAGAAGGAGAUCGAGGAGCUGUACGAGAGGAUGGGGAAGGUCCCCCCCCCGGGCAUCGUCUCUCCUGCUGCUAUGCUGUCCAGCCGACAGCGGCGUCUGUCCAAGGGGAGCGGCUUCCCCCCGUCCCGCAGGAACAGCCUGCAGCGCUUGGACAUGCUGCCGAUCCCAGGCAUCAUUAGGAGAAACUCUCUCGGAGGGAGCAGCAGCGGCUCACAGGAUAAACCCAGCAAAGGUGUCACCUUUGCCACUGACAUAAGUAGAAUGUGAGAAACUCUCAGCCAAGCAUGCUGUAUAUCUGGACUACCUCAUCUGAAGUGUGACUGCAAUGGUCAAACCUGUCCUGUAGGAGGAUCGCUUUAAAUCAUUCGCUGGCGCACCAAUUGGCAACCUGCUUCCGUCUGCCAGUAGCCACUUACCUCAAAUGUAUAAAAGCUGUCCUCAGCAAAGCUGGAUUCACACAGGAACAAAAUCCGGUUUGCAGAGCUUCAUCAGAUCUGGUGAAUUUAUUGCAGCUGAAGCGCAGAACACCGACCAAGUCUGGUUCAUGUUAGACGUGACAACUUCAUUUCCCCCCCCCCCUCCUCCUCCUCGUGUAAAUAAAAUGUCAGACCCAACGGUUCAGACGUGAGAAACUUCAGCUCGAGCUGCCGCGGUCCUCUGCAAAGUGUCACGCCAGGGCUUCUUUUAAAUGUUUUUUUUUUUUUUUUUUUCUCCCUGAGAAAAGUUUUUGCAUUAACGCAGUCAAACGAUGGUACGAAGCGCUGCAGCUCUGCGGCUCUUUCCCGUGACUUUGACCCAGAAUGACAAUAGUCGACGUUUUCCUGCUUGUCUGACUCGCUGCUGUUUUAUCAGUCCGCUCACAGUGAUGUGGCUCAGACUCUUUGACCGACAGUCGCACACUUUGUUUCCUGUAGUUUGCAGCUGCCGACUGCACCGUGAAUAUAUUCUCGUCCAGUAGAGCUGUGAUUAUUGCCUUACAGGGGGCAGCCCAGAGCAGACGCAUUGUACAGUUUUCCUCAUUACAAAUAUGGAUAAUGACAGUAAUUAGCUGUAGUCUAUGUUCGGUUUUUUCACCCGAGUCACCCGGAGAGGUUUGACUGCAAUUCUGACAUUUUCAGACGUAGUGAAUAUGAUCGUUCCCCAGUGUGCGGACGGUAUAAUGAGAUAUUAUUUCGUAUGUGUGAAAAUGUUCUGAGGGGAAAAGCAUGUAGACAUGUUGGCGUCUACGAUGCUUCAGCACAGGGAAAAUCUAUUUUUAGAACUUUAAAAUGGGAAGAAUUGUAAGACAUACACAUUAUUUUUUCAAAUCCGUUGUCUGCUUUAACGUAGGGACAUAAAUUGUGAAAAAUCCACUUAGAUUUUAGACUACUGGCUCUCCUGUCGACUGUACAUGUGUAUAUAAUAGAGCGCAUUUAUAGAUCAUGUUUACAAGUUAUGAGUAAACUAAAUAUUUCUGCUACCUUAAUUCUUUCCCGAGCAAAAAAUACUAUAUAUAUAUAUAUAUAUAUUUUUUUUUUUCCGUGGCUUGGUCUUCAUCAAGCUCCUUGUGCACUUUAGCGAAUUCGGUCGUAGUUCUCAAUCAUUUAACACGUUCGUGUUUAACUUGAGGAAGAGUUAAUAGGUUAUUUUUCCAUAAGGGAGACAGAGGGUAUUCUCCGGUUCAUGUCCGAUCACAAUUUUUCGUGUUGUCGCGCAGUUUUAAAUAAUUACUAUAUCGUGGGGUUGUAAAGGAAUCAGCCCCAAGCUGUGAAUCUGUAGAUGAUGCCUUAUGAAAUAUACACAUCACACACUGAAUUUCCUUGUGGGUCAAACUCCUGUAAUAUUCCUAAUAUAUUCGACGUUUCUAAAAAAGAAAAAAAAAAAAAAAAAUGAAUGUAGAUAUACGAUUUGCUUUCUGAAGCUGCUGUCCUGCCAUGCUGAAUCUGUGCCUUUUCCCUUACAAUGUCUUAUUUUAUAUUUUUACUCUCAAGAUUUGGCGGCUAGAUCAGACUCCAUGUAUUAAAUUUUGACACAAAUAAAUGCAAUUGUAAAUACAAA